AUGUCUGAAGUUGCCGAAACUCCUGCCCCAGCUGCGAGUGCAACGACCACCGCGAAGAAGACAAAGGCUGCUAAGCCAAAGGGAGAGAAGAAGGCCAAGGCCACUCCGAGUCAUCCGGUGUAUGGUGCCAUGAUCAAGGCAGCCAUUAAGGCCAUUGAGGAUCGUAAAGGAGCGUCAAAGCAAGCUAUUUUGAAGUACAUUGUGCAGAAGUAUAAACUCGGUGACAAUGAAAAAAUGAUCAAUUCGCAUCUCCGCAUGGCGCUGAAGAAGGGUGUUCAGUCUGGACUUUUGAAACAGGCUUCGGGCUCUGGAGCUGCUGGCAGGUUCCGACUCGGCGAUAAGUCUGAAGGAGGAUCUGCGAAGCCAAAAGCGGCAAAGAAGCCUAGAGCGCCCGCCGGAGAAGGCUCACCGAAAAAGGCUGCAUCGGCCAAGCCUAAGGUACUUUUAUUGCACCCAAGGCGAAGAAGGAGAAGUCAUCCAAGUCUCCCAAGAAGGCGUCAAAGCCCUAAGGCCAAGACCGCCAAGUCGCCAAAGAAGGCCGCUAGCCCGAAGAAAGCUGCUUCCAAGCCCAAGAAGACCACCAAGAAAGCUGCUGCCACCAAGGCAUAG